AUGUCGCGGAAUUCAGAGCCGCCGCAUAGUCGAAUGGGCUCCUCCUCGGGGAGGGGAUUCCACCAACUUGCUCUAGCUCUUUUGCUAUCGUCGCAAAUACAAUGCGCAUUAUCGGUCAUAUUCCCGAGCACCCAUUCAUCGUACAAGUUCGAUUAUCUUCGUCGCAGUCCGAGACUGGAUCCAAUAAAUGGAGAGGCCAAGCGCACACUAUCCAAGCGUGAAAACCCCAUCCCGCUGAUCGUUACCAACAACUGUGGCGAUACCCUGUGGCCUGGAGUUGCAACGCAGGAUGGCGAGGGUCCGGAGUCGAGUGGGUUUGAACUGGCCUCCGGUGAGACGAGGAACAUGACCGUGGGACCGACCUGGGCGGGCCGUGUUUGGGGCCGGACGAAUUGUACCGUUAGUAACGAGACGGCUACAUGCGUGACGGGAGACUGCUUCGGCUUGCUGGAAUGUGAAUAUAGUGGGGCCGUUCCAGUCACACUCGCCGAAUUCAACUUAGCAGGAGGUGACACUAGGAGGCAGACCUUCUAUGAUAUAUCCCUUGUUGAUGGGUACAACCUGCCAUUGGGCAUUGUGUACCACCCGGCAGCCAAUACCAGCAAUAUCCCGCCAAACUUUGUCAACGCUGCCUGCAUCGCGACGCCUGGGUAUCUGAUGGCACCCAAUAGAACCGGCAUUGCCUACACCAACUCCAGCUUUCCCAUGCCCUACGAAGAUUCCCAGACCAAUUCGGGCAUUUCCAACUGGUGUCCAUGGGAUCUUCAGGCUUUCAUCCCAGACAAGCCCGGAGAUGGCAUCUAUCCUUACCCCGACGACAACGUGGAGCGGCCCGUCUUCGAUCCCUGCAAAAGCGCAUGUGCCGCCAGCAACUCUGCGGCUGACUGCUGCACGGGAGACUACAACGACCCGAAUGUCUGCAAGCGGAGCGAGUACUCGGAGAGCGCCAAGGUUGUAUGUCCUGAUGCGUACAGCUUUGCCUACGAUGAUCAGACUUCCACCUUCAUUAUCCCAAGUGGAGGGGGCUGGGAAGUCGUCUUUUGCCCCGCCGGGCGCAGCACAAACAUACUAGCGACAUACGGCACACAGUUGUCGGCACUCGCAUCUGGUGGAGUGGUGACGGAGGAGAUGCGGAAACUCGCUAUGAACGUUAGUUACAUCGAGUCUGUUCCCGGUAGCAGCGCCCCGCCAGGUCACAGGGUAUCGGGACUUGCGCUCGUAGUGACCAUUGUGGUCACGGGUCUACUCUCACUCUAA